AUGGGUCGCAAGCCCAACCAGCUCAUCCUCGAGUUUUUCAUACGCGGACAGAAACUCGAGGAUGCCAGUAACCGUUACCAGCACACGUGCAAAGCGUGCGGCGAGAAGUUCCCCAAAGGUCGCAUUGACAGCUUGACGAACCACCUGGUGAAAAAGUGCCAGGCAAUCCCUCUGCGAGACCGACAGCGCGUCUUGUUGCGAUUACACGAGCUCCCCGACCUCACCGACAAUGACCCCAAUAAAGCUGCUGCCCUCGCAGGCGCUCAAAAGGGAAAGACGGUGGACUUGCCAUAUACUACGAGACAGAAUUUCGAUGGACUCAAUGUCUUGGCCGAGGCGUCGAGGCAGGUCGGUGCCUCGGAUCAGAGCAAGCGUGGUGGUCCUGCCUACACGCAGGCCGUGACUGUUGGAGGCAAGACCGUUGUCGUGGACCCUGCUCUCGAGGCGGAGGUAUUCCAAACUCAGGAGAAUCAACCCGAGAAUAAUGGGGAUGAGAAUGGAGCGAACGCAGGCGCCGUCUCCAGUGCUGCGUCCGUUGCUCCGACUCAGAAUCAAACCUCCGGUGACCAGGCCUCAUCGAUCUCUCCGGCGUUGCCUGAUGCCUCUCUGUCAGCGGAUUCCUCGACCCCAAAUGCCCGUCAGUCGUCGCAGCUUUCCAUGAUUGCUGCCUCAGCAAGCGAAAUGGUUCCCCAAGGCCUAUCGAUGGAACACGAAACGGGUUCUCCGGGUGCUGAUGGCCUCCCGAGAGCUGCACCGGCAUGGCCAACGCAGCAGCUCUCGAGUUCGGAGCAGUUGCUCUUCGAUAGCCUGCAGGAGCAUGAUCCAACCUUGACUUCGGCUGCGCAGCGAGCGGUCUCAUAUCCACGUCCUAUCGCAAUGAACCCGAACUCUCAAGCAAAGGGGUUUGUCAACGAUUUUGGGAAUGCUACAAAACCGACAAAGCCCAAGGUCCGCGGACGGUUUUCAGCCGCUCGCAGGAAGGAGGUCCAGGAGGUCCGUAAACGGGGGGCCUGCAUUCGUUGCCGUAUGCUCAAGAAGCCUUGUUCUGGCGACAGCCCCUGCAGCACAUGUGCUAGUGUUGAGAGCGCACGACUCUGGAAACAGCCAUGUAUUCGCACUCGCCUUGCUGAGGAGUUUGAACUCUACACUGCAGGGCUGCAUGCAACCCUUGCGUAUCACGACGUGAACAGUAUCAAGAAUCAGGUCAAUUUCGAGCACUACGCAGGUCGCGUGGAGGCGACUCAUUUCGAGGAAAGCUCGGUGUAUGUCACUUUUAGCGCGCUUGUCGGCCACAAACCUGUUAUGUCCACGCUCGACCCCCAGCUUCAGGCACUGGUGGAAGAUGGCCAGUUCCAGGGCCCUACUCAGGAGCUGUAUCUGCUCGAUGGUGAUGCAGAUGACCUCCCUGGAAAGCUGGAGAUGUACAUCAAAAAGAUGGCGCCUACUUUCUAUGAACACGAACCGUCUCCAUUCAUGAAGCCAACCUUGAAUCUAGCUCACGAACUGAGUCAACAGAAGAAGGACGUCCUUCUGGAGCGUGUCCUCGAGCUGUGGCUGGCAACCCAUAUCCUAGUGGAUGUCGAGCUGCAGUGGCGAACCUUUUCCAAUCCCACUCUUCCACCUACCUCUAUCAAUACGCUGGCUUCAUCAUCUGAUGAAGGCCGACUUCCAAUUGAUUCCUCGACAAACCCCGAAACGUAUGGUCUGCUCUGCAGCCAGCUGCGAGCGGCAGCGGAAAAGCGCACUUCUCAACUGAGCAAAUCGGUCAUGAACGACCUUGAACGACGUCUACUUCAACGCCAGCAGAGUGGAUAUUUCGAAACUUUCCUGGUAGCUCUGAUUCUCUUGAACUGUGUUGAGCGGACUUGCUGGUUGUUCCGUACCUGGGACAACGAGAAUUACGCGCAGCGGUGGCCUCUGGAUAAGCGCCCCCCGUACUAUGCGAGUCAAGGAGACCGUUUCUCGGACAUUCUACACAUGCUGUUGAAGAUGCGGGCGCUGCCUCCGAAGACGACUCUUCGGCCAGAUACUGGCAUACUGAAGGCUAUCGACGGCAGUGAUGAAAACGCAAUUCGCUGGUUUGAUACGAUUCAGGUUACACCCCAAUUCCUGGAACAACGCCAAGCGGCAGAGUUCGAUCCGAACGAUUCUCGGUCACUCGAGCUCAAGUACGGAGCAAAACUACUGCAGGCGGCCACUGUUUACACCUAG